ACAGCAACUAGUUGAAAACUUCAGCUCAGCAUUAAGUUACAUGAUUUUGCAAAACAUGCUUGGCUAUCAGGGAAUUUAAAAUGGAAACUGGAAAACAAGAAGUUCACAGAGAAAAAGUUCAGAAACUACGGUCAAAAUACAAAAAACUUUUAUUGAAAGAAAAAAUAUCUGUAAUCGAGCUUAUAGAAAAAGGAGAAGCGAGAUCAAACGUUGCUAUAAAAUUUGGCAUAACUAAAAGAGCAGUUGGCUACAUACUACAAAAAAAGAAAAAAUAUAAACAGAUAAUGUCAGAAAGAGUGAAGAGUAUGAAGAAAAGGACUAGAAUAGAUGAAGGAGAAAAUCCUUUAUUGGAAAAAAUUCUUUUACAAUGGAUCAAGCAAAAAAGAAGUCUUGGCAUAGCUAUCACUGGUCCUAUGAUAAAGGAAAAAGCGUUGACAUUUCAUGAAGAAUUAAUGAAAAAAACUCAAGAGAGAGAAGGCAAUGAGAAAGAAGAAGAAAUAAAUAGCCAACAAAAAAAUUCUGAAUCCAAAAUGUUGAACACAUUUAAGGCAAGUGAAGGCUGGUUGCACAGAUUUAAACAACGAUAUGGAAUCCGACAAAUCAGCUUUAAAGGAGAACAAUUGUCUGCCGAUUACGAUGGAGCAAAUGAAUUCCUUGAUCUUUUCAAACAAGUUAUUGAAGAAGAAAGAUAUAACUUGGAUAAUGUCUACAACGGAGAUGAGACCGGCUUAUACUUCAAAUCUUUGCCCAAGAAAACUUUGGCACUAGUUCUCACAAGGUGCCUUUGUUGCUGA